AUGGAUGAAAGUAUUCAACUUCCAAAAUUGAAUGUAUCAUAUAAACCACAAAAGAUUUCACCAAAGUUUGAAGGAACUGUUCAAGAGUUAUUAGAACAAAAAAUUAAAACAAUGUUCUCUCAUCCACAAUUUAAUACUGAUGUUAUUAAACCAUUAAAUAUCCAACCAUUAUUAAGUCAUAAAUUAAAAACACUUUCAGGAGGAGAAUUACAACGAGUUGCUUUAGUAUUAUGUUUAGGAAAACCAGCAGAUGUUUAUUUAAUUGAUGAACCAUCAGCAUAUCUUGAUUCCGAACAAAGAAUAGUUGCAUCUAAAGUUAUUAAACGAUUUAUUCUUCAUUCUAAAAAGACUGCAUUUAUUGUAGAACAUGAUUUUAUUAUGGCUACUUAUCUUGCUGAUAAAGUUGUUGUAUAUGAAGGUAAACCAGCAGAAGAAUGUAUUGCAAAUCCACCAGUUAAUAUGGUUGAUGGAAUGAACACAUUUUUGAAAUCACUGAAUAUUACAUUCAGAAGAGAUCCAGACAAUUACAGACCAAGAAUUAAUAAAGAAAAUUCACAAAAAGAUCAAGAACAAAAGAGAGAAGGAAAAUAUUUCCACACAGAAUUAGAUUAA